UCUCAUCUCUUACACUCGCUCGACCUUUUUUACUCUACGCGUUUCAUGACACUAUCCACUCUCGGCAGCACGACGCCUCAAUACCCAUAAACACGACACGACACGGACACGCCAACCUCCACCACACCAAACGCCCAGACAGUUUGCCAUUGCAAUGGCCGGCCCGAGCGCCAGUUCGGGGCCUUCACGAAGGAGCGGCUCUUGGGAGCCCCUCCCCCACAUCUACUCGGGCCUGGUAGUCCACCCCUUCCACCCAGCCCAGUCGCUGCCAGCAUCUCCAACCGCCACCAUCCGGUCCACCAAGAACCGCUUCUCAUGGGCCGGCUCACGCGCAGAUGACUCGUUCUCAACAACACGCGGCAACCCACACGAGGUCACGCUCGAUGUCGGCGACGAGUUCUUUGCUUUCGAAGAGUAUCGAUCGCUCGACGACGCGGGUGACAGCUCGAUCUGGUAUCGAGGUUACAUUGUCCAGGGCGUGUCCUUGCCAAUGCUCAUGCCGUCGCCCGAUGCUCCAACAGUAUUCCCAAAAGCAGAGCCCUCGGUGCUCAUCGGCAUCUUCCCCGCGGCAGCCGUCCAUGUGCGACCGAACGCGGUCACCGAGAGUGACGUGUUGACCGCAGCCCACGAGCGUGCACGUGAACUGGCAAAGGACCGUGCUCAUGACCUCCGACGAGAGAUGGCCGCAGUCCGGGAAGAGGACGAGGACGAAAUCGACGGAAGGACCAACGGCGUCUCCAGUACUGAAAGCGACGCCGCUGGUCGAUCCAACGGCUCGUCUGGCCUCCUCAAGCGGAAUCGCAGACCAGCCUCUCUCGUCCUAGCCAAGCCAAGAGAAAAGGAGCAACCGCCACUGCCUACAUUGACUGCUGGCGACUCGACCGUGGCCGGUCAGCAGUGGCCCCUAGUGGAUGAGAUCGCAUGUGCGAUCCGAGAGUGGUAUGCCGUAAGUAGCCUUAGUGUGGGUGUCGUCGAGCUCUUUCCUGACAACACUCUACAGAGGCUGCCGACCUACCUCGCCAUGCGCGAGUACCGCCUGCUCAACAACGUCGUCCAACACAUCGAUGCAUUGUUUCUGGGCCGCCGACAGCUGCUCUCGCAAAUGUUGAGCGGUGACGAGCUGGUCCGCAUUCGCCGAGAAUGUGUCUCACGACUCGUCAAGUGCAACGUCGCCCAGGGUCUCGAGGUCAUUGUGCGCAGUCUGGAAGAUGGCAGCGUGGUCGGUGUCGACAAGGAUCGUGCCCUCACUAGCUCGGGUUGGAUGGGCGGUGUGCUGGCUUAUGUCUACCAGGUUCAACUGGCAUACAUCGACUUGGUCCCACUCGACGCGUUGUUCGGCAAGUCAACGAUUCCACGACCACUGGCCAUCAAGGCGCCCGUCACGACUGCGCUCGAAGCGGCACGCGAGGCCGAUACAGCACCGAGCGGCUAUCACCUGCUACUGGACUUCCGCGCGUUCGUCGCCAGCCCCUGCUCUCCAGGCGAAACGGCCGAGCUCUUCUUCUCCCUAUACUCCAAGGACCAGGGCAAGUUCUUGACGGAAGAGUUCUGCCUCAUCCUCAACCACAAUGGAAGCCCGGCACGCGAUGCUGAGCAUCGACUGGGCAAGUUGAGGACCCUGUUUGCCGACCUCCGCGCCGACGACGUUGCCAGCGGCACGUACCUCGUCUGUCGAAUCGUCCGCAAUGGAAGCAUGAAGAUGGCGGCCGAGUCGAGCACAGCUGGGUCGCCUGAGGGGGGCCGUUGGUCCACCAGCGGCAAACGGACCAGCACAAUGUUCAACAACGAGCCAGGAAGCAAAUGGAGGAGUUCGAUGUCCAUCUCUGACAACAGGCCAGAAGAAUCAUCCACCUCGCUUACUGGAUACGAGCCGCAGCGCACCCAGACGAUCGAUACUAUUGUCAGCCAGAGCACAACCACAAGCUCCCGCGGGUCUUUGCGCCGUCCUCUGGGAUGUGCCGUCUUCGAGCUCCCCCAGAUGUCCCGACUUACAGGUGACGGCAGCAACGACGACCACGCCAUGCCCAUCUACGUUGCCCGCGACGAAGGCACGUUUGCAACAUUGCACGCCGACAUCAUCUUGCACAACGAACGGGCCUACGACCGAUCGCCUCGUGCGGAAGCCAUGGCUUUCGGGCUGCGCCUCUUCCACGGCCCGCUUGAGACGGUCAUCAGGGAGCACCCUUCGCUUCUCUUGGAGACCCCUCAGACGGCCCGGCUAGGCUUCCCGGACGUUGUGCCUCCCGGCAUUGUUCGCAAUGACCUGUACAUCAAGCUGUGGGCGGCGUCCUUCUCAACGCUGUUCCCGGCGGCAGGCACUUUGCGUGUGAGGAAGACGGUCGCCCCUAUUGCGUCCAGCACGCAGGUAUCCCUCGAGGUCCGACGCGCGGAUGGCACACUGGUUCCAGACUCGCUGUACGCUGGCGGUUCUGGCGAGCCCCCGACUGCCCAGUACAACUCAAUCGUCUACUACCACAACGACCGACCGACAUUCGGAGAGCUGAUCAAGAUUGCGCUUCCUCAGGGGUCUGGCGACUGCCACUUGUUCCUUUCGUUCCGCCACCGGACUCGCGAGCGUGAUACUGCCAAUGGGGAGGGCGGUGAGAAGCCCUUCGCGUUUGCCUACCUGCCAUUGUUUUCCCACAACGCCUCGAUCAAGGACGGCAAGCACGAAUUGAUUCUCUACCACAUGGAGAAGUCGAGCAUGCAGCCGACGCCGAACCUCUACUUCAAGGUGCCUUCGACUGGUGAGCCCCGCCUCUCCGCAGAGUCAUCGCGAAACAUGACUGCGCUUCGGGACCGCAUCUCCCUCCGGACCUUCCUCUGCUCGACCUUGCACACACAAGACGACACACUGCGUGCCCUGUUUUCUUGGCAGAGCGCCGAUGCCGAGGCCCUGUGCCAGACGCUUCAGAUGUUCGGCUUUGUUGGUGAGGACGAAAUCGCCAAGUUCCUUCAGCCGGUUCUGGACGCCCUGUUCGCCAUUCUGGUCGGCCAUCUCGGUGACCGACGAGAGGAGGUGGACGACCUUGUAUUCAAGGGCCUGAUCAAGGUUCUGUCCAUGGCCUUCGAUCGCCGAUUCCCCUCAUUCACCUCGACCCUGGCCUCGUACACCUCUAAGCACUUUGGCUUCGCCUCUUCAGCACCCCACCUACUGCGCGCCAUGAAGGCGGUGAUGGGACGUCCUGCGACGCAGGAGUACCGCUCGCUUCUCAAGGUCUGGCACAACGUCUUCCGCUUCGUCAUUCGGUCACGCGAACUUGACCGCUCGCGCGGAUCGUCUCUUGGCCCGUCGUCAGCGCAGAUCGAGGCCGACUUCAAACGCCAGACCCGAGAAAUUCUGGAGGAGAUCAACAACAUUAUGAUCUCCAGCGACAGGGCAUUGAUUGGUUCGCAGACCUUGGCUGUGCAGCACUAUGCCGACAUCCUUCCCGAUCUUGCCCAGGUGUUCCCGCCAGAAGAGAUUGCCGAGAUGGUGAUCGUAUUCACCGACACUCUGACAACCGCGCAGGGCAACCUUGCGAUCUACAAGCUGCUUCUCAUUCUGCAGAUCGUCAAGACCCUCCUCGACUUCUCCGAGACUCGUGCAGAGCUCAUUCCGGCCAUCAUUCGCUGGAUCAAGCCCCACGUGGGUCGCUACGAGGAGGACCUCUACUCGGCCCGCAACGAGACGCAGGCCACCAAGGACAGUCGCCAGAUCCGUUGGCUUGAGUGCAACCGCCUUGCCAUCUCGAUCAUGGCAUGGACUGUCAACAAGCUACAGGAGUUGUUAGACUCGCCGAUCAUCAAGUCUGACCCGAUGCUCUUGUCACAAGAAGAGGACAACAUCGAGUACUGCCUGUCCAUCCUGCCGCUCCUAUUCGACUCGUACCUUGAGCUCAACUCGGACUCUACUCUCUCGCUGCUGGAACGCCACCGCUCAUCACUGACUGUUUGGAAGUCUACUCCCGACGUGUUCCCCAACUCUCACCCCUUCGCCCUGGUGUCGGACCUCCCGCCACCAUCACUCCUGGACCAAGAGGAGGGCUUACCACCGGCCGGCAUCUUCAAGUGCGCUCUGGCUGAAACCUCGGUCGUCAUCUUCACGCUGGUGAUCGCUUCACCGCGGAUCAACAUUGUCCGAUGGUUGGACGAGCUCCUUGACAUGAGCGAUGUCGACCAGGUGACUGCCAUCCUCAAGCGUUCGUUCAGCGUCUUCGACUCGGUCAUCAACUUUGAGGCUUUCCCCCGCCAGUGGCUCACGCUCUCUGGCCUCGCAUUCACCGCCGUUGUCCGAUGGGUCGAUCCUGUUUUGGAGCACCUUACACGCGAAGAGUACGUGCCGCCCAUCGAGGACAUGGAGCGGUUCGAUGUCGACCUGUGGACGCGUUUGAUCGGCCUUCUCUGCGACAUGUGCGGCAGUGAGGAACUGUCUCUCGAGGACCAGGGCCUGCAGCGUCGCCGUGCCGGUUGGAUCAUUGCCGGAGACCUGAGGGACGACGGCGCAACCCUGCUACAGAGGUUGUGGAACACAAUGGGCUGGCAGUCGCUCGGCCCCAAGGGAUCGCCACGCUACGGAGGAUACCAGACUCGUUUCACGGGCCUUGCGGAACGUAUCUUGACCCUGUGCCUGACUUCGCACGACCGUUUGUGCGAGGUGGCGGUCGAGAUUCUGUUCUCGAUGAUCUACGCCGAGUACGUACUCGACGGCAAGUUCCAUGCCAUCCAGACGGAGAUUUUCCAGAAACUCGAGUUACUUUUCACCCAGAAGUCGAUCUCGGCGAGCGAGUCAGGCACACGAGCCUACUUCGUUACUCGGCUUCGUAACGUCUUCGAGGCCACCCCUGAAAUCGAUUCCAACUUCCGUGAUCACGUCGCUCCGUUCCUGGAUCAGGUCGAGCUGUUCAUCGACCUGCUCAUGGCCGUACGGGACCUCCCCGAGACCCCGCAAUGGAAGGAGGAGCGCGUGGCUGCCACUGUCCGUCUGAUGGAAUUCUUCUCCCGGGUGGGCCGCGACGAUCUCUACAUCCGCUUCGUCCACCAUCUCGUCUCCAUCAAUGCGGAGGCAGGCGAUUGGCUUGGCGCAGGUCUCGCACUCAAACUGCACGCCGACCUUCACGAGUGGAAGAUGGAUGGUGAACUGGUCGACGAGUUCAACCACGGUGGCUUGCAGUUGCCCGCUCAGACUCAGUUUGAACGCAAGGAGGCACUGCUUUACCACGUCCUCGAGUACCUUGCCGAAGCCGAGGCGUACGAGCAUUCUGCAGAAAUUUGCAAGGAACUAGUGGCCCAACACCGUCAAGUCACCUUCAAUAUUGAGCGCAUUUCAGAGCUUCUCAACCACGAAGCCAAGCUUUGGGAGAGUAUGGGCGCGUCAACCCGUCCCAAGCCGGAGUACUUCCGGGUGGCUUACUUUGGCAACUUUACGACCAUCAACCUUGACAAGGAGUUUAUUGUUCGCGGUGCGCCAUGGCAGCGAUACGUCGACUUUUGCGAAGCUCUGCAGGUCAAGCACCCCGACGCUCAGGUCUACAAGUCAAAGAUUCCUCCUUCCGACACGGUGCGCUACGGCACCGACCCGGUGGUAUGGGUCACCAGCGUCACGCCAGUGCCGGACCUCACCAAACCCGUCUUCCGUGAUGGAGUGGAGCCUGCUGUUCAGACCUACUACAAGACGAGCUCCGUCAACCAGUUUGAGACGAUGCGGCCGUACAUUGUCGAUCCCGAGGAGCGCGAGCCGAUCCUUCAGUGGCUGGAGAAGACAACGCUUACAACGUCGAAUGAGCUGCCGGCUCUGCAGAGCCGUGCCGAGGUCGUUCACAUUCACCACCACCACAUCUCGCCAGUCGACACUGCCAUUCUGGCUGUGCGCAAGGCUGACCGCGACCUCAGCAAGCUGACAGACGCGGAGAACGUGGACGUCAAGAUGCUCGGCACUGCCUUGAACGGUGCUGUCGACUCUCGUGUCAACGGCGGUGUUCCGCUCUACAAGAAGCACUUCCUGGACCCGGCAUACGUUGAGCGCCACCUGACCGAGAAGCAGAAUGUGGCCACACUCCGUGAAGCCGUGCUCGACUAUGUCCGCACUAUUCAGAAGGGUCUCUCCGCGCACCAGCGCGUCAACAAGGAUAUUGCGUUCCACGAGGCUCUCCGAACGCUGUACAACAAGGCCUACGCCGACGAGAUUCUCAGACUCCCUCGCCUGUCUGACGCGAGCAGUACACCUCCUCGUCUGUCUACCAGCGUCGCCACGCACGAGUCCAAGCCCGAGUCUUCUCGCCCCACCUCGGCGCUGUCGACCGAGCCGCAUUCGAAGAGGACUUCGCGAAGCAGUUACGUCCUCCCGACGCUCCGUGUUGGCCCACGAAACUCGGCACUCCCAGACGUUCGCCAGAGCGUGAUCAGUCAGGUCCCGUCCAGCUCCGCGGGCGGUCAGGGUGAUACCCCGAAAGCUGGUGGCAUCCUGCUCAGCCCACGAGCGUCCAUCUCGGGGUCAGCAAUCUCUCGCAACUUGUCCGUGAGAGCCAACGGUAACGGCCACAAUGCGCGCAAGUCUGUGGCGUCCGUUGCGCCAUCGGUAACCCCGUCUACCGCGGCCACCGACGACGGCUCACCCGGGACUGCGAAGGCGGAGAAGUUUGCCCAGUCGUUGAGCGUUGCCAGCGGCAUGGGUCGCCCGAGUGAGUCGGGCACACGACCAGAGGUCCCCAACUCGGCUACGUCGAGUGUCGCCGCCGUUCCUGCUGCCGUGCGAGUGAGCACGAGCACACGGGAGAGCGUCAGCUCGGGCGCGAGCGGUGGAGUCAAUUCUGUGGACAGCAGAGCGUCGAAAGACAACGACGGCGCGAGUGUGGCGAGCAAGCGCGACACGUUGAGGCGGUUUGGCAGUCUUCUGCGACGAUAGGAACGAACGGGCGACGAUCUUUGGGUAUUCAAUGAAGCAUUUGCUUGGGCGAGGCGUGGUGGAUGGAGCGAAGGGUUGGGUCUAUCUUGCUGCUGCCGCCAGUGGUCUACUUGGAGGUCUGCUUGUACC